AACCUGGAAAGUCUUUGUCAGCGCUUGAACAAUGCGAGUGCUGCUUUGCAUCUCACAACGCCACCAAGUGAGCUCAAGAAUCACUCUAAAAUCCAUUGGAGCCCUCCAGCAUGGAUGCGCCGGAAGAGCUACUCGUGCUAUGUCUCCGGAUCAUGACGGCUCACUGCCGCGGAACAGGUAUCUUGACAUGUACGAGUACGCCAACCAUUUUUUUCGCCUCCUGCUGCUCGGGAUUGGCGGCGUGAGAUGCCUGUACAGUACUUGGUAUUGGGGGCCGAGACGCAAAGCUCUCAUCAAGUCAAGAUGCCUUCGCUCCUAAUACGGGUACGAACUGCGCACAUAAACAAAAACACAUAUAAAUAAAAA